AUGGUCUUCAACUCACCUUAUCCGCCCCUGGAUAUUCCAAAGACAAACCUCCUCUCAUACCUAUUCCCCAAAGGGUCAACGCCAUCUGAUGAACCCAUAUGGAUCGACUGUAAAGAUGACAAGAUCAACCUCUCACCAAAACAGAUGCUGCGAUGGGUGAAGAGACUCGGAUUCGGCCUCCAAAACCUCGGUCUCAAACGCGGAGACGUGGUCAUGAUAUGCACACCCAACCAGAUCUUUGUCCCAGUGGCAUACCUUGGUAUCGUAUCCGUAGGCUGCGUAUUCAGCGGCGCCAACCCAGCUUACACAGUUCCUGACUGGGCAGAGCUUGUGCAUCAAAUGACCAAUACUGCGGCCAAGGUUGUACUCGUCCACCCAAAUCAUCUGGAGCAGGUCUUGGAAGCCGCAGACAAGUCCAGAAUACCUCGUUCUCGGGUCUUUCAGUUCUCCGAGGUUGAGAACCCGGUCAAGCACGGUGUGCCGGACUGGAGGCAGAUGAUUGGCACGCCAGCCCAGGCAGACUCAUAUCAAUGGCCAGAGUUGAGCGCGGAAGAGUCAACCAGCACCGUUGCAACAAUCAACUACUCAUCGGGCACUACUGGUCUGCCAAAAGGUGUCUGCGUAUCACACCACAAUCUCAUCGCCAACGUCGAGCAGACGAUCUACAUGAGAUACGCGGAAAAGCCAUACUCCUUUGAGAACCGGCCGCGGGAGAGAUGGAUCGGCUUCUUACCCCUCUACCACGCCUAUGGCCAGCUCUACGCCGUCCUCAUGGCGAUGAGACUGGACGUCCCGAUCUACAUCAUGAAAGAGUUUCGCUACGAGGACUUCCUGUUCGCUAUUGGCAAGUACAAGAUUACCAACCUGCAAGUCGCGCCACCUAUCCUCGUCAUGUUGUCAAAGCGGCCGGAGACAGCCCGCUACGACUUGUCGAGCGUCAAGGAUAUGCUCUGCGGAGCGGCGCCCUUGUCUCGGGAGCUGCAGAAUGAGUGCCAGAGGAGGUUCUCGGUGCAGAUCAACCAGGGGUGGGGCAUGACGGAAGUGACUUGCGGGGGAAUUAUGGUGCCUGGGGGCAUCAAAGACGACACUGGCAGUGUGGGAAAGCUGGUUUCAAACUGUGAGUGUAAGCUGGUGGAUGAGGAGGGUAAGGAGGUCGGCUUUGGUGAGCCGGGAGAGUUGUGUAUGAGGGGUCCCAACAUUUGUCUCGGGUACUGGCGCAACGAGGUUGCCACUAAGGAAGCGUUGGUGAACGGUUGGCUCAAGACGGGUGAUAUCGCCGUCUGCAAUGAAGAUGGAUACUUUUGGAUUGUAGACCGCAAGAAGGUCAACGCCCUUCAAGUUGCGCCUGCAGAAUUGGAAGCCGUCUUGCUCGAGAAUGAGCACGUUGCGGACGCAGCCGUCGUGGGAAUCACAAUUGAGGGCAACGAGUGGCCUAGAGCUUACGUGGCUCUCCAGGAUGUCUCAUUAGGGAAGGUCAAGCCAGAAGAUAUCCAAGAAUGGAUCAAACCGAGGGUCGCCAAGCACAAAGCGCUCGUCGGUGGCGUAGUGUUUGUCAACGAGGUUCCUAAGCUUGCCAGCGGGAAGAUCCAGAGGAAGGUGAUGCGCGAGUGGUCUAAGAGAGAUGCAGCGGCCCUGGAGGAGGCCGCAAAGAGUCCGAGAUUGAAGUUGUGA